AGAAGGGAGGGGGACUGAAGGGGGCGCUGGGAGAGUCUUUCCGAGGGAGGACAGGGAGAGGGAGGCAGCACGGCGACAUGAAGUUAAACGUUUCCUACCCCGCUACGGGGUGCCAGAAGCUUUUUGAGUUUGAUGAUGAGAAGAAGACUCGCAUCUUCAAUGAGAAGCGCAUGGGACAGGAGGUGGAGGCUGACUCCCUUGGUGAUGAGUGGAAGGGCUACGUGCUGCGCAUUGCUGGUGGCAAUGACAAGCAGGGCUUCCCCAUGAAGCAGGGUGUCCUCACUAACAACCGUGUACGACUCCUGCUUUCCAAGGGGCACUCCUGCUACCGUCCUCGCCGCACUGGUGAGCGCAAGAGGAAGUCUGUGCGUGGCUGCAUUGUGGACUCCAAUCUGUCAGUGUUGGCUUUGGUCAUCAUCAAGAAGGGUGAUGGGGAGAUCCCUGGCCUGACUGACGGCUCUGUGCCCCGCCGUCUGGGUCCCAAGCGUGCCUCCAAGAUCCGCAAGCUCUUCAACCUGAGCAAACAGGAUGACGUGCGUCAGUACGUGAUCAGGCGCCCCCUGGCCAGCAAGGAGGGGAAGAAGCCCAAGACCAAGGCACCCAAGAUCCAGCGUCUCAUCACCCCUGUUGUGCUGCAGCGCAAGAGACAUAAGAAGGCCCUCAAGAGGCAGCGUGCUGUCAAGAACAAGGAGGAGAAGGCCGACUAUGCCAAGCUGCUGGCUGUCAGGCAGAAGGAAGCCAAGGAGAAGAGGCAAGAGGAAAUCCGUCGCAGGCGCUCCUCCAUGCGGGAUUCCAAGUCCUCUGAGAAGUCUAAAUAAACCAAUAAAGCCAUAGGUUAAUA